ACUGCGGACAGUACAGGAGAUGACCAGAGACUGCGGACACAGUACAGGAGAUGACCAGAGACUGCGGACACAGUACAGGAGAUGACCAGAGACUGCGAACAACAGUACAGGAGAUGACCAGAGACUGCGGACAGUACAGGGAUGACCAGAGACUGCGGACACAGUACAGGGAUGACCAGAGACUGCGGACAGUACAGGGAUGACCAGAGACUGCGGACACAGUACAGGAGAUGACCAGAGACUGCGGACACAGUACAGGGAUGACCAGUGACUGCGGACAGUACAGGGAUGACCAGAGACUGCGGAAAGUACAGGAGAUGACCAGAGACUGCGGACA